AGCUGCAGAUAUAUAUAUAUAUAUAUAUAUAGAGAGAGAGAGAGAGAGAGAGAGGAGUGAUAGCAAGACCAAUGGUAGUGGCGGCGGCUCUGGUGGCGUAGGACAGAUAGCGGCGUCGGUGAAGAAAGUGGUUCAGAACCUUAAAGAGAUUGUUAAUAAUAACUGUACGGACUCGGAGAUCUACUCCGUCCUUAGAGACUGUAAUAUGGACCCUAACGACGCCGUUCAACGCCUCCUCCUCUCAAGAUACUUUUAAUGAGGUGAAAAGCAGACGUGAAAGAAGAAAAGAGUGAGGUGGGCAAUUUACCGCAAAUACAAGUCCGUGUGAUGGGAACAUUACCAGAAGUGCAUGUCCGUCUGUUUUGGCAGUGGGUUGUGAGAAAGGCAAGAUGAAAGAGACACAAGAACUAAAAGCUCGAGCUAACAAUUAUAUGUCUAAUCAUGGUGUUAGAGGUGGUAGUGAACAUUCUUUUGGGUGGAGUGGACCAAUACAAAUCAGCUCCUAUGAGCUUGGUAAAGCUGCAUACAGGAAAGAGAAUGGCUCAGUUGCCUCUAUUCCCUAUUCUGCUUCUUCAACAUUACGUGUAACUGGACAAACUUGGAACGAGCAGCAUUCCCCUCGAAGGGAUAGGUAGAAGUUCUAAUAUGUCUGUUCCAUAUCCUACUGCUUCUUUGUCUGAUGAUGCCAUCAAAGCCGUAUCCUCAGCUGUGGUGAACAUACAACAACUAAGUUUAGGGAAGGAAGAGCAGUCGGUGACUCCUACUGAGGAUAGCCAGGGAGUGGUGCUUCCAAAUUAUUUGCAAGCCCUUUCUGCUGACUGCUCGCAUUUGAGCUUUGGAACCUAUAAAUCUGGCAAGAAUACAACAUGGUCCUAGCCACAAGCAUCCAGUUCCUUGACAGAUGACUUGCAAGAGAUCUUGACAAAAACAAAUGGUCCAUCCUCUAUGCAUUUAAACUCUAGGAACUUAGUAUGUUGUGAUGAAGAACAGCUUGAAUUUGAUUUUGAUACAAAUAGAGCAAAUGCAGAUGCUAGGAACUAUAAUUCCACCAAAUUUUCACAGGCAGAGCUUAGGAAACUAGAUAUUCCUGAUGCAGCAGUCUAUGGGAAUGAUUUUGUCUCCCAUUCGUCUAUACCUGGUUCUAGUUUCAAGAACAUCCAACAAUCAAGUUCUGCUUUGUCAUUUGUGAUUGACCCAAAUGCUGGGAAUCUUCCUCCUUUUCCAAGUGAAGUGCAAUCAUAUUCAAACUCUAUACCUAGUGAUUUAUUGGUGGCAAGUAUUCAGUCUAUAACAGCAAGAGAUUCUGCAGCAUUCCUUGCGUCGCAGUUGAUUUCAUCAAGAUACAGCAGUUCUGCAUCAUCCAUUAAGAACGCAACUGCAUCCAAGCCUGAGAUCAGUCCGCUUUUGAGCCACGUAUUCGGAAGGCAGCCUUUCUUAUUGUGGAAAGGUUUUAAAUUCUGGAGCCUUUUUUGCAUCCCAUCCAUCCUCACAGGCCUUGCAUGGUGCCAACCUUGCCACUGGACCUUUUACUUAAAGGAGCAUUUUUCAGCACAUUCUUAUUCUCAAACUGGCUACCUGGCCAUACCUCAAGGCCAUACAUAUGCACCAUUUGCUGUGCAACAAGCAUAUCUGAAUGGCAAUAUGUUCCAUGAAUCUCAUGGAGGGAUGAAGUCCAAUCUCCCACACUACAGACGUGCUGGCAUGAGCAGCUUUCCUCUGUCAGGUUUUUACUCAUCUGAUUACCAAAGUUUAGGGAAUUCUGCUGAUAUUCCUGGAAGUUUUCUGCACAAUCUAUCUGCUGGUCCAGCAGGCAGCAAAGCUGGUUAUGCUGACUUUUUACGCUCUCAGUACAGGGAUGAAGGAGCUAAUUUCAUCCAACUUCAACCGAAUGAUGUCUCUGCCAGAUGGGAUUAUGGACAUGGUUCACAAACCAUAUCAACUAUUAUGGAUAGUGCUUAUUACAGUUUACGAGGACAGAAUCACCUGCUUGCUGGUUAUCAACAGGGCCAGCUACAUUCACAGCUCCAUGGAGCUUUUGGGUAUCCUGGUGUUUAUAAUUCUCACGCAGGGAUCACAAUAGAGAAGCAGCAGCAGCAAAAGCAUCGUGAUAUGAUUUUAAAUGGUUCUCAAGGCUUGUCAUCAAAGCACCUACCCCAAAUUUGGCAGCGUAGCUACUAACGUCCUUUUGUUUUCAUUUUGUUAGCGGCAAGACAUUAUAAAAGCGUCCGAGUAGGAUGAUAUUACAGUUCAAUCAAAGUUUUCAGUUUUGUUUUUUUUGUUUUUUUGUUUUAGUGCUUUUGCAAUGUCCAAUUGUACAUACUUGAAAAGAGAAGCUGACUGGAAAUGACGUCUGCCUCAACGUUGUAUUCAAACUAAUUUCAAGUUGGGGUAUGAUUGCUGCCGGCUAAUGGGAUGGUCCUUUUUUGAUUGAUGGGGCGAUUCAUAUGUAGCUCUUACUUUUACGAAUGGCCUUCCAUGUGCAGCUCAUGGAUUAGUUAUUGAUUUGAUUAGUUACAUUUGUUGUCUAUUCUUUUGUUCCCUUCUAUCUUCAAGGUGUCUUAAUAUUUAUUUUUGCGCAAGCAGAAGUUUUGAUGUGGGUAUUUGUUGGGGAAGGCUAUUAACAUGAUUGAAGGACCAGUUGGGUUUAUUACAAAAUCACUCUUUCGGGUUCUCGCAAUA